ACAAUUGCACGAUUCACCCAUCAAAAUAUGUACGUAAAUCUAGAAGAUUAACUAGGGAGUUCUGAUUGUAAUUUGUAAAUCAUAAGUUAUUUUCUUAAGAAAAAAAAGGAACUUUCUCAUAGAAAGAGUUUCGAAACCUUAUACAAGUACCCUAGCAAGUUGAUAUCGAUCAUAAAUUUACAUGUUACUACGAAACAAAAAACAACCUUUGAGAAAACUCUGAUCUUCUACCUGUUUUUCAAAUUUUCCCCGCUAAAAAAAACCCUAUGGAGUCAGAGGGGCACCGAAAUCCUUCAAACCCAUCUGCAGUUUUGGCUUCUCUUUUGACUAAAAGAGCUAAACUUCAUGAAGAACUCAGAAAUAUUGAAAAACAGGUUUUUGACAUGGAGACGACGUAUUUACAAGAUCCUAGCCAAUGUGGAAAUGUAUUGAAAGGUUAUGAUGGGUUUUUAUCAACUUCAAAGAGCACUACAAUGUUGAAGCGGUCCAGGAAGUUUCAGCCUGAAGACAGGCUAUUCUCCUUAUCAUCAAUCACCUCACCAGCAGCCGAAGAUCAGGCACUAGGAAGAGAAGAUGGAAGAUUGGAGUCUGGUCCAGGUCGAUACAGGGGCAUUGGUAUCCUCGGAAAUGGACAGGGCAAACCGAAGAAAGGGAGAGGCGCUAGAGAAGGAAAGAGAAUCAGACAUAACGAUCAGGAUUUUGAUUAUGAUGAUGACACUGAAAUGUAGUGUGGUCAAUUCACUACUAUGAGGAAUAUCAACUCAUGCUGACGUCUUUGGGUAUCUUAGCUAAAUGCUAUAGUCUAAAGCGGAGCAUACUCCUCCAUUGAGUACCUGUCACUGAUCUAUCUGAAUAUAGCAGCUAACAUAUAGCGCGAUCAUUUUUCUUUUUUUUUUUGUUCCGGGGUUUCGUGAGCUUGUACUGCAGUCUCUAAGAUCACCAUGAUUCAAGUUUAAUUUGAAUAGCUACCUGUAGAUGGGUUUGUACUGCAGUCUCUGGUGUACAUGUUAAACUGAGGAAUUGAUGUUUGUUUGCUGCUAAAGAAAGCUUGAGCUGUUAUUUA